AUGCUCUCCUUCAUUUCAAAGCUCUUCUUCAAGAACCUUCUGAUUUCCUCUCUAUGUGGACAGCUGAACAAGACAAAUUGCUGUGAAUGGAGUGGAGUGACGUGCGACAGCAAAACAGGUCAUGUCACAGGGCUUGGUCUGAUGUCCUGUGGUCUUGUAGGUGAGAUUAGCCAUUCAUUGGUUAACUUAACCUACUUGAAUUAUCUUGAUCUUUCCUUCAAUUCUUUUCAUGGAACCAUUCCUGCGAUCAUUGGUACGUUGACUCAAUUAAGGUACCUUCUCCUUAGAAACAAUAAUCUUAAUGGAACCAUUCCCAGGUCCAUUGGUUCCUUGACUGAAUUAAGAGAGCUUCACCUUUCUUUUAACUCUCUUUAUGGAACCAUUCCUCCAGAGUUCGGAAACCUCACCAACUUGGAAGGGCUUUACCUUUCAAAUGUUGGAAGGUGUAGAGUUGAGAACCUAGACUGGUUGUCUCCUCUAUCUCAUUUGGAAUGGCUUUUUAUAGAGGGGAUUUCACUAGCCAAAACAAAUCAUUGGGUAGAUGUUAUUCUGAGUCUUCGUAAACUCUUGUGGUUAAGUUUAUCGGGAUGUGAGCUGUCACAGGUCAUGUAUCCAUAUUCUUCUUCAUUUCUCAACUCUUCUUAUUCCUCAUCUAUUGAAUACCUUUCUCUUAGAAACAACAGUCUCACCUCAUCCAUGUAUCGUUGGUUGUUCCCAUUAACCAGCAAUAAGCUUUUCCAUCUUGAUCUUUCUAGCAACAUGUUAGAUGGGAUAUCCAAAUAUCUUGGUAACCUCUGUAGUUUGGAAACUUUGUUCUUCGAUAAUAACCCUGCUGUUGUCACAUUUCCUGAUUUUCUCAACAACUUGUCUGGAUGCACAUCGCUUUCAUUACAACGGUUGUAUGCUUCAGGAAGCCAAUUUACAGGGUCAUUGCCUGAUGACAUCCAAAAGUUUACAUCCCUAACAGGUCUGUCCCUCUCUGAGAAUCAGUUAAAAGGAACUAUAAGUAAGAAACUGUGGGAACUGCCCAAUCUUACAUAUCUUGAACUUUCUGAGAACUCACUCCAAGGAUUUCCUUCCUCAGAUUAUAUGUCAAACCUUCCUGAUAUAGAAUAUAUUGAUCUGAGCUCUUGCAAGCUAGGGCCUCGCUUCCCCAAAUGGAUUCAAAAAUUUAAAAAAUUUUACCCGUAUUAA